UCUUGGCUGAUAUCUUUUCAUUUUCCCAUGAUGUCAAGUAAAGAGGCACUGAGUUUGAAGGUAGGCCUUCAAAUACAUCCACAGGUACACCUCCAAUUGACUCAAAUGAUGUCAAUUAGCCUAUCAGAAGCUUCUAAAUCCAUGACAUCAUUUUCUGGAAUUUUCCAAGCUGUUUAAAAGGCACAGUCAACUUAGUGUAUGUAAACGUCUGACCCACUGGAAUUGUGAUACAGUGAAAUAAUCUGUAAACAAUUGUUGGAAAAAUUUCUUGUGUCAUGCACGAAGUAGAUGUCCUAACCGACUUGUCAAAACUAUAGUUUGUUAACAAGAAAUUUGUGGAGUGGUUGAAAAAGGAGUUUUAAUGACUCCAACCUAAGUGUAUGUAAACUUCUAACUUCAACUGUAGAUUGACAUGUGAAUUAAGCUUAAGGAUUUGUUUGUUUUUAUUUUUUUGCAUAUUUAUUUUUAUAUAGCCUACACUUUCUCGCUCUGAACUUCUAUCACAAGUGGGGCGGGUGUGGGUUCUUGACAAUGAUCACCUAUUUGACAGCUCCAAGCAGUUCCACCACUUCUAACACUGCCAAAACAUCUGCUGGUGUCUGUUAUCGCUGGUUAACACUUGAUCUGAUGGAAUCCUAGCCUAAAUUGAGACCCAACUGAGUUCCACAUAAAAAAAUGUAAUACAAAAAAUGUAAUCUCAAAAGGAUCACCUAGUUCCAUACCUACGGACUGUUUGUCUAAUUUUAAUCUCAAAAGGAUCACCUAGUUCCAUACCUACGGACUGUUUGUCUAAUUUUAAUCUCAAAAGGAUCACCUAGUUCCAUACCUACGGACUGUUUGUCUAAUUUUAAUCUCAAAAGGAUCACCUAGUUCCAUACCUACGGACUGUUUGUCUAAUUUUAAUCUCAAAAGGAUCACCUAGUUCCAUACCUACGGACUGUUUGUCUAAUUUUAAUCUCAAAAGGAUCACCUAGUUCCAUACCUACGGACUGUUUGUCUAAUUUUAAUCUCAAAAGGAUCACCUAGUUCCAUACCUACGGACUGUUUGUCUAAUUUUAAUCUCAAAAGGAUCACCUAGUUCCAUACCUACGGACUGUUUGUCUAAUUGUAAUCUCAAAAGGAUCACCUAGUUCCAUACCUACGGACUGUUUGUCUAAUUUUAGGUGUGUCGCUCUGCAAGACCCUUCGGUUGCUCUACCACAACUACUUCUACCUCAGCAUCUUCUUUGUUUCCUGCAUUAGCGUGGACCGCUAUCUCGCCAUCGUCCACCCGCUGCGCUCUGUGGUGUUACUCGGCCGCCGGCAGACCUAUUUCCUCUGUGCCGUUAUCUGGGCCAUUUCCAUGGUGAUAAGUGUCCCUGUAGCUCACAUGACUUUGCUACAACAUUGCCCCGGAGACAAUAAUCGUACCGUGUGUACCCUGUAUAUGUUACUGGACGACACUGAGGAGAGCCUACCCUACUCAAUCUGCUGUACCACCAUCGGCUUCCUCUUCCCUCUAAACUCCAUCUGUUACUGUUGCCUCCGCAGCAUCAGGGAGCUGCGCCUCCGCAGCCGUCGGCCACAGGUACACCUCCACAAAAACAACAAGGGGCGACGUGUCCGUCUGACCCGCGUGUUGACCGCCGUGCUGACCCUCUUCGCCCUAUUCUACCUGCCCUACCACCUAAGCAGGAAUGCGGCCAUCGUGAUGCAUGCCAUGUACCUGGGCAGGCCGGCGUUCUGGCAGCCCGUAGACCUGGCAUUCUGCCUGGAGAUCUGUCUAUGUAGCCUGAAUACCUGUGUCAACCCGCUGUUCACUUGCUUCGUGGGACGGCAGUUUAGAAAGGAGUUCCAGGAUACCUUUGGGUUCGCUUGGCUGCAGCUUUGGAAGAGUCAACGACAGCAAUCAGCGGUGAAUCAUGUGACGUCAGUAACAGGGUUGUUUGAGAGAAAGAGGAACCAGAGGACCAUAGGGCAUGAGAGAGAGGGGCAUGGUGGCCAGGGUUUGGCUGCUGUCACUCCACUGUGAAUGCUGAAGGAUCAGACCAUGGUAAAUGACCAUCUCAAUCAUUUUUUAAAAUCCAUCCUCUCCCCAUCGCCUCUCUUGGCGGGGGGAGGAGGGGGGGGUUGUCUUUAUAGCAGCUGGACCACACAGAUGAUCAGAUCUCAGACACAAUUACAUCUUAAGAAUCACAGCAACGAUCCUGUCUGUGGGUGGUUAUCUGUGUGAUACAGCAACAAGCCUGUCUGUGGGUGGUUUUCUGUAUGUUACAGCAACGAACCUGUCUGUGGGUGGUUGUCUUCCUUACUUUAUUUUGUACUGAGCAUGGAAUUGGUAUGCAUGUCACUUUUAGGUAGUCCUGAGGCAUGGUCCUAGGGCUCAGGUCCUCCGGGAGGGGAGAACUCUAUAGAAGAAAGCCCUGCCUCCAGCUGUUUGCUUUGAAAUUCUAGGGACAAUAAGGAGGCCUGCAUCUUGUGACUGUAGCGUACUUGUAGGCAUGUACGGUAGGACCAAAUCAGAGAGAUUAGGUCAAGGGGCAAGAAACACUUUGUAAGUUAGCAGUAAAACCUUGAUAUCAGCCCUAGCCUGAUUAGUCUAAUCUAGAAGUGACUAAAGCAUGAAUUCAUUUUUCUGCAUAAUUUGUGGGCAAAAAGAAUAUGUCAGUUCGGUUGUCAUCGGAGACAUAAACUCUACAGUGGAAAGCCUACACAUCAGAGAUAUCGGAUUCACAUAGAAUUGUUGUUCAAUUUAACUGUUUGAUUAUGAAAUGAUUCGUGAUGGGAUGCAAUGUGAUUUUAGCUUCUAAAAUGUGAGAUUUGGGUUUUCAUAAGGUAGGGCUCUGCUCAAUCAGUGAAGAGACAUGGGCUAUAAAACUGUUCAAACACGUCCUCCUCUCCCUUUCUAUAUAAAGCCUUGACGACAAUAUAACCUCCUGUUCCGGGGAUGUGAGGACGACGGUCCGAUGUCAGAAUGGUUCAGAUAAUAACUACAGAACGAAGCCAACAUCAGCGUGAGCUUUGGUUGCGAAUGGUAUGAACUUUGAACUCUUAUUCACUACAGAAGUGACACCUCCUAGCCGUUGAGUUAGCAACAGCAGCUGCAAACGCAGGAUAGGAAGGAACAGACAGAGUAUCCCUUCUACCACACAACGACGUUACUACAACCUAUCCAAUUUACUAGCAGAGGACUCUUCAAAGGACUUGGUUGGACAACACGGCCUUCCAUCUACCACCAAACUUCCUACCACCAACCAACCUUCCGAAGCGCAGCUCAGAGUAAAUAUUUAUUGCAUUUUCCUUUUCCAAAUGGGCGGUAAUUUAGAAUGCAUAAGAUUCUGUAUUUACGAUAGCAAAGCUUCUCCCUUUGUUCCUCAGUCUUCCCGCUCUUUCACUCAAACCCAGCCCCUUUUCUUUUGUGUCACCAGCUGUCAUAUCUGUUCUGCCCGCUAGGGACGUUUUCCUUUAUGACGUAAUUUGUAAUCAAGUUAUGAAUUAAUUAUGUGUAUGUGUAAUUCUGUGUGAUUAGUUAGAUAUUUAGUAAAUAAAUAA